AUGGUCGGAGGAAAGUUUUCUUUCGUCUGGGUUUUGAGUUUCCUCUGUGUUUUAGUGAAGGUGGCCGAAAGUGGUGAAUGCUGCAGGUCGCAUUAUGACGUCAUGGGCAAUGUAAUGAAUGAGCGGUGGUGUGAGAAUUAUUGUUGUUUCCAAGGUAACAUUUACAGUUGCUGCAACAAUUGGUUCUUCCGCGCACCGGCUCGAGACAGAUCUACGUUCUGUGUCAACUGGUUUACUCGUCACAUAUGGGUUCCGAUCCUGGUGGCGUUAAUCAUCAUCGGGUUGUUGAUUGGUUGCGGGGUGUGCUGCUGCUGUAUAUGCUGUUAA